AUGACGGCCCGUCUGCUGCACCCGGAUGAGUACGAGCUGGGCUCGCGCUCGUCUCUCGACUCUCAGGGGACAUUCAAUCUUGAUGAUGCCGACUUCGAAUCACAAGCUCCGCCACGAGCCCGGUUUCGCGUCCAGCAACCCUGGUGGUCUCGCAUCUUCUCAUCCACCUACUCCGGCUAUCGUCGUCUACAGACCAACUCACGCCCGGUCUUCGCGGGCUCCAAACGCCCAGGCUGCCAUCGCCGACUCCUGUGUCGUGGCCGACGCUGUUGCUACAUCCAUGUCGUCUUUGGCAUUAUCUUUGCGCUCGUUGUCCUCACCUCCAUCGUCCGUCCUUCCUACACCGAUCCACCGCCGCAUUACGAGUUACUGAAAAAGACCACGCUGGAAUCCACGUACCCCGGGCGAGGAAACCCAAGAAACGAAAAGGUAUUUAUUGCGGCAAGUUUGUAUGAUCGCGGCGGGGAAUUGGCGCGUGGCCAAUGGGGCCGACAGCUUCUGCAGUUGAUCGACUUGCUAGGGGAGGAUAAUGUGUUUGUGAGCAUCUAUGAAAAUGACAGCGGGGAAGAAGGGGAGAAUGCAUUGCGUGAGCUUGAGCAGCAAAUUCCCUGCCCCAAAGCCAUCGUCGCGGAAGCGCAUCUGGACCUAACCACUCUGCCCCAUGUGACCGUCCCCGGCGGCGACCAACGAGUCAAGCGCAUCGAGUAUUUGGCCCAAGUGCGCAAUCGGGCGUUGAAGCCAUUAGAUGAGCAACCGGAGAUCCGGUAUGAUAAGCUUCUUUUCCUCAACGACAUCCUUUUCGAACCCAUCGAUACACUUCAAUUACUCUUCUCCACCAACGCCAACGAGGAUGGUAUCCCACAGUACCGGGCGGCUUGCUCCGUCGACUUCGACAACCCCUUCAAAUUCUACGACACAUACGCCACGCGCGAUCUCCAGGGCUACAGCAUGGGCCUCCCAUUCUACCCCUGGUUCGCCACGACUGGUGGUGGUGAGAGUCGCAAGGAUGUCCGCGCGGGCAAAGAUGCCGUGCGGGUACGCAGUUGCUGGGGUGGAAUGGUGGCAUUUGACGCCAAGUACUUCCAGCAAGGGACGAACAAGUCCAACAGCCCUGAGGCAGUGGAGAACCACUUUCCUCCGACACAAGAUAUGGUACAAAAAUCGCCCGUCCGCUUUCGAGCAGGCCGUGAUCUAUUCUGGGAAGGCUCGGAAUGCUGCCUCAUCCACGCGGACAUCCAAGAACCGCAGACCAACGUCGACGAAAUAAUUGACACGGGCAUCUACAUGAACCCAUUUGUCCGCGUCGCCUACGAUAGCCGGACCUUGUCCUGGCUACCUAUCACCCGCCGCUUCGAGAAGCUCUACUCCUUCAUCCACACCGUGGGCAACCAUCUCGUCGGUCUCCCGUGGUAUAAUCCACGGCGCACCGAGACUCUCGGCCAGAGCGUGCAGGACACGGUGUGGGUGGUAAAUGAGAAGCAGGAAAACGGCGGCUCCUUCCAGACGGUGGAGCGCAUUGCGGGUAACGAUGGGUUUUGUGGUCGACGUGGCCUUCAGGUUAUUGUCGAGGACCGUCAGCCGGGUCAGAAAGGGUGGGAGACGAUUCCUACUCCCUCGCCAUGA